AUGGAGGUCAUCACCCUCAUUCAAGGCAAUGAAGAGUCCAGCCUGACUCCUUUCUUUCUGGUCCAUGCAAUCUCUGGCAUAGCACUCCCCUUUCUUCGUCUCGAUUCCUUGGGAGAAAAUGAUCGUCCCGUCUACGGCAUCACGAAUCAUAUCCAUUGCCCUGGCCAUGAGCAUUUGGAGCAUCCUUCCAGUCUCUCCGAACUUGCUAAAAGAUAUCUCAGAGAAGUCCAGAAGGUUCAACCUCAUGGUCCAUACCUAUUGGGAGGUUGGUCUAUGGGUGGCAUGAUUGCCAUGUUCAUGGCUCAGAUUCUUGAGUCUCAGGACCAAGAAGUUCUCAAAGUCAUAAUGAUCGACUCUGCCAAUCCAGAGGCAUUCCCUAACUUCCUCAACAAUGAAGAGCAUAGAGCAUUCUCCAAGGCCACUUACACCAAAAUCAGCCAACAGCUCGAUCCAAAUAACCUUGACAACCCCACCCCUGAAUCGCCGCUGGACGAAAGACCUUCGAUCGAUUAUCAUACAACCUCCCGUCAAAACGAAUGGGAUACAAUGGAUUCUGGAGACACACCUAGCUCUCGCGCCUCGAGCGUGUUUGACUUCAAUACUCCUGACGAAAGGCCAGGGACGCCCAUAUCUCUGCCCUGUAGCAGCGAGGGACCUUCUGCAUUCUGCUCUGACGACGAGAGUGUCUGUGAUGCGCAAGACGAAGAAUAUUGGGACGAAUUUGACGAGCACUUUGAGAUGGCACAAUUGAAGGAGCUUCUGCUCAACAUCAGCCUCCACGUCCAUCACGGGUUGGGUCUCAUUACAUCUGUUGCACCUGGCGACCUCUUUCGGCCGGGGACCAAGUCCGACUUCGAUGUAUUGCUCAUCAAAUGUCAACCCGAGCCUCUUGAGGUGUACCAAACCCACCAUGACACUAAAGGAGCUACGUUUCUUUGGUCAGUCAUGCGGGAGAAGAGCAUGCUGUGGAACUCCUCCCAAUUUCGCAGCUUUGAGACGGUUCCUUUCAGUGGGGACCACGACGGCGCAUUUGAGCCCCAGUUUGUCGGGGAAUUAAGCAUGAUCCUUCGGGAUAGUUUGGAAACUAUCGGGUGA